CAAAAGUCGAGUGCAUGUGAUGGUCGUGACAGAAACGGUUGUUUUAAACGAAAUAAAAAGGUUUUGAUGAGUUGUGUUGCGUGUAAACAUAAAAAUGAACUGUAAGUUUUUGCCGAAGAAACAGUUUUAAGGAGAAAAUGGAUUAGGUACCUGAUACAAAAAAGAAAAACGAAUUUGCGAAUUUUAGAUUUUUCAGAUCGUUGGUAAUUGCAGAUGUUAAUAAAAUCAUACGAAAUGACAGACCAACUUUACAAUCCUAUCAACCAUCUCACCCAAGCGGAAUUAAUGGAAAAAUUCAAUUUGGCUUUCUACGAAGCUCAAAAUCUUUCCAAGAACGACAUUCUGUCAACGUUCAACGAAAACGUCCCCGAAACAACAGAUGUAAACGAUACCGAUGGCGUUACGGACGAUUAUCUCAUAGAUUACUUAAUUUCCAAUCCAGAAGACUCGCCUGUCAGCACCCCGAACAGCCAAAUCGACGUCAAUUUCGAUUUCGACGAUUUCGAAAUCGAUUUUGAUCAAAACGUUACGAAAAACAGCGAAAACGAUGAGAAUUUCGAUACGGAAACGUUUACCACGGAAACGUCGCUUUCCGAAUCGACUAAUUAUUCGAAGUUCUUUGUUUCGCCCUUCGUAGAGGGAAAGCAAGAAAAAAUGGUCGAUAAUGUCGAUUUCGAUAUUGAUUUUAGCGGAGAAUUUGUUAAUACUUCGGUGAUUUUUGAGGAUAUGAAGACUGAAUUCGACGAGGGCGAUGGAAGUGAAUGUAGCGAAUUUAUAACGUUUUUGCCGCCGAUCGAGACGAUUAAGAAUAACGUUAAUUUCAAUAAUUUCUUGAGGAAAGUACCGGCCGAUGAUUUGGAUCAAUCCAAUCAGAACACGUCGCAAAUCUCCAACGAUUUCGGCCACCUUUUAAACUCAAAAUGUUCAGUAACCAUCCUGAACGAAAAUUCGACCGCAAUCCAAGAACAUUGUCCCAACAUAUUCGAAGUACAUCCGGACAAUCACAUGGUGCUUACUCAAAGCGACGCCUUAUUAAACGACGACCCAUUUUUGAGUUCGACCGAUGAUGCUACAACCUGUACGAUUACUAAGAGGGAAUACGUUGAGGAUUUGACGGAAAACGAUUGCGAAGAGGUCAGCAGCUCAGUGAAUUUUCAAUGCAAAUGGGAAAAUUGUUAUCAGCUUUAUGAGUCGCAGGCGACUUUGGUUAAACAUAUCGAGAAGUGUCAUGUGGAGUUAAAGAGAGGCGAAGAAUUUACAUGCUACUGGUCUAAUUGUCCAAGGAAAACGAAACCAUUCAAUGCAAGAUACAAACUUCUAAUUCAUAUGAGAGUUCACAGUGGCGAAAAACCAAAUAAAUGUCCCUUUAAGGGUUGUAAUAAGGCGUUUUCGAGGCUGGAAAAUCUGAAAAUUCACCAGAGGAGUCAUACAGGGGAGCGGCCAUAUUUGUGUCAAUUUUCCACGUGCACAAAAAGUUUCUCUAAUAGUUCGGAUAGAGCCAAACAUCAAAGAACCCAUUUUGAUACCAAACCAUAUGCCUGUCAAGUUUACGGAUGCACCAAAAAAUACACAGACCCUAGCAGCCUUAGAAAGCACGUUAAAAACCACACCUACGAAGAACAACUUCAGGUAAAGAAGAAGAACAGCGAGGAUACUAUGAGUUUUGCCUCGCAGACUUUCGUGAAGAAAUAUUUGGACCCCAGUAAGCAGAAGGCUGUUCGAUCGGGCCCCAAUCCUGCUUUCUUCGAUCACAGCUAUUCCACAACGUUUAUUGGCGAACGAAAUUAUAACAUUGUGAAUAUCAAAAGAGAUCUGAAAAAUAAAUUGUACGAGAAAAAUAAACUGAGAAAACUUUAUUGUUAGAUGGAAUUAUGUUUUCGAAAGAUAUUUUUGUAAAUAUUUUGAUACAAAUAGGACCAAAGUAUUGUGAUAAUUGUAAAAUAAAUUGAUAGG